UUGUUGAUUUUUGUUUGUCAAAUCUGCUUUGUCUUUUUAAAUAUUCCAUUUACCCAAAAUUAUUUUGUUGCAUUUUAUAACACUUAUAAAGGUAGAAAAGCGCACUUGAAGUUGAAGGUGAUAGGUGUGCCAACACUUAAGUCCGUGACUUUAAAAGCUUGGAGUGCCAUCACCACAAGCAAAUUCAGUCCGGACACACCAGGCCAACAUCAUGCAAUGUUCCUCUUUUAUUCUUGUGGCAAUUAUUCUCUUGGCACCACCCUGGUGCUCGACGAAAAGGAGAAUCCUAUGACUGAAGUUAAUGCCGCCGACGCUGACAUGCAGAAGCUAAUCAAAAAGCAGCCCACCGCUACCUAUGCUGGCAAUUGCCUUCGUGCAGGCGUGAUGAAGAGCUUUGGGCUGCUUGGCGCCAACGGCAAUCUGGAUGCGGAGGCCGGGCUUGAGAAAGCAAAGCAGUACACGGGUAACGAUCCGGUGAAGUUCAAGCUGGCUCUCGAGAUUGGCGACACGUGUGUCGGAAGCUACGGCGCCUGUUCCACGGGUGAGGUCAAAAGGGGACCUAUUUAAUGACACAGUGACCCUACCAUGACAACGUACAUACAUUUAUGUGUAUGUACCUUUAAGUUCGAUCAAUCUACAAAGUUUAUGUAAAAUAAAAGUAUUUCCAAAAGUA